AUGAUGCUGCUGGUAGUGUGUGUGGCCCUUUGUUUCUCUGGGAGCCUGAUUGCUGGCAUGCCAAGUGUGAUUCACAAGACCGAAGUGACCAGCACUGUGGGGGACAAUGUGACCUUGUCCUGCCAGCUAUCUGCAGAGAAGGAGGUCCUUCAAGUCACAUGGCAAAAAGAAGGUCAAAGAACAGAUAAUAUAGCCACAAACAGCCCCAACUAUGGCCCCAAAUUACUCGGGCCCUACCAUGAGCAUGUCCGAGUGACCCAAAGUGACCUGAACUCCUCAGCCAUCACCCUCGAGUUUGUCACCUUAAAAGAUGAAGGAUGUUACAGAUGCAUUUUCAACAUCUUCCCCAUAGGGCCUGUCCAGGGCAGGAUGUGUUUGAGUGUUUAUGCCAUAUCAAAACCGGAAGUGGACACUCAGCUCCUGACCAGUGAAGAGGGAGAAGUACUGGUAGUGAGCUGCCGAGUUACAGGAAAACCAGCCCCCAAGAUCACCUGGGACAUGCCAGAUGGCUCAGUGGGGACACCACAGCUAUCAUAUGUUUGGCACCCCAAUAAGACUGUAACUGUCAUAAGCAACUUCACCUACAGCCAUACCCAGCUCUCCCAGGAAUGGCUACCAAUGUGUGUGAUUCACCACCCACUCCUUAACACAGUGGUUGAACUGGAGUAUCCAUUCCACAGACCUUCUGAUACAAAGAAGACCUUCUUAAUCUGCUUCUCUUCUGUGAUCAUCACUUUCCUUUUCCUGGGACUCUAUCUUUGUUGUUUACGGAAACAAAAACCAGGCACCCACCAAGGAGGUGAAGCUUUGAUCUUGGCCUUCACUUGGUUGAUUCCAAAGAUCCGCUGUGGAAGGUUUUCAAGCAAAGUUUCUGCCACUAUCACUGAGCAACAAAGGACUGAAGAUGUGUAA